CCGUCCCAGUGUUUCAGUUGGAGGUUUUUUUUUUUUUCUUUUUUUCCGGGAAGGUUUAGCAAUGGCGGAUUCGAUUCCAUCAACCUGCAAUCUAGGGUUUCUCGACACACUCAGCGAAACCUCCAUCCACGAAAUCGUCGAAAGCUACUCCGCCUUCUGCGCCGCCACCGAAACCCUCCUCAACGGCGCCGGAGACCUCUCCGUGGGCCCGCAACUCGUCUCCCACGUCCACCGCCUCUGCAGCCACGGCCUCGAGUCUCUCGUCCGCGACCACUUCCUCGGCGCGCUAGAGAGAACCUUCGAGAAAAACGGCGCCUCCAAAUUCUGGCGGCAUUUCGAGGCACACGACGACGUUUCGAUCGGAGAGCAAGUGUUCUACAACGCCUUGGAGGAAAUCUCACUGGAAAAGCAGUACCAGGAGAAGUGCUUGCUGAUGCUGGUUCAUGCUUUACAGACUUAUGGAGGAAGAAGAAGCCGUGAUUCCGAUGACGUCAGCCCGGAGCUCUUUGCUAAGUAUCAACUAUCAGUGUCCUCGGUUCUUAUGGCCACUCUUCCUCGGCAAUUUCCAGAGAUACUCAACUGGUAUUUUAAGGGAAGGUUGGAGGAACUGAGUACUAUAAUGGCCGGAGACGAGCCUCGUGGCGAUGAGGAUGAAGAUGAUAGGGAUGAUAUGGAGUUGGAUGAGAAAUGCAGAGUGUCAUACAGGAGUGGACAAAUGGAGAUUGAUGAAUGUUAUCCCCAAGGGAGGUUCUUUGAUAAUAAUAAAUUGGUCAACAACAUAGGGCGGGUUGUACAUGAUUUGAGGAGUCUUGGAUUUACAUCUAUGACUGAAGAUGCAUAUGCAUCUGCUAUCUUUUUGUUUCUUAAGGACAAAGUUCAUGACCUUGCUGGUGAUGAUUAUCGGAUUUCUGUUUUGGAGUCUAUUAAGAGGUGGAUACAGGCUGUGCCUCUUCAGUUCUUGCAUGCUCUACUUGCUUAUCUUGGUGAUUCUGUUAGUUAUGAAAGUGCAUCAUCCGGUCUCAAGUCACCUUUGGCUAAAUGCCCUGCUUCAUUCUAUCCUGGAAUCGAUACUCCAUCUGAAGGUCUUGUAAGAUGGCAGUUGCGACUAGAGUAUUUUGCUUAUGAAACAUUGCAAGAUUUGAGAAUAGCAAAAUUAUUUGAGAUUAUUGUGGAUUAUCCUGACAGCUCUCCUGCGAUUGAAGAUUUGAAACAGUGUCUUGAAUACACUGGACAACAUUCUAAGCUUGUGGAGUCAUUUAUUUCAGCACUACAGUACCGGUUGCUCACUGCAGGUGCCUCAACAAAUGACAUUUUGCAUCAAUAUGUUUCAACGAUCAAGGCACUCCGGACAAUAGAUCCAGCAGGUGUUUUCCUUGAAGCAGUCGGUGAGCCAAUAAGGGACUAUUUAAGGGGAAGGAAAGACACCAUAAAGUGCAUUGUGACCAUGCUUACCGAUGGGACUGGUGCAAAUUCUAAUGUAUCCGGAAACACUGGCGAUAGCCUUCUUGAAGAAUUAAAUAGAGAUGAAGAAAGCCAAGAGAACAUUGCUCCUGAGGAUGACUUUCAUACUGAUGAUAAGCAAGCUUGGAUAAAUGCUUCACGCUGGGAGCCUGACCCUGUAGAAGCUGACCCCCUGAAAGGUAGCAGGAACCAAAGGAAGGUUGACAUACUUGGAAUGAUUGUUGGCAUAAUUGGUUCACAAGACCAACUUGUUAAUGAAUACCGUGUUAUGCUGGCCGAAAAGCUUCUCAACAAAUCUGAUUAUGACAUUGAUUCAGAGAUACGUACUCUUGAACUCCUCAAGAUACAUUUUGGAGAGAACAGCAUGCAGAAAUGUGAAAUUAUGCUCAAUGAUCUGAUUGGUUCUAAGAGGACCAACACUAAUAUUAAAGCAACCAUAGCUCAGCCAUCUCAUACAGAUGCAGGCGGUGAGCUGGGGGAUAACAGGGUAUCCAUGGAUAUUCUUGAUGCUACAAUUAUCUCUUCAAAUUUUUGGCCUCCAAUCCAGGAGGAGUCCCUAAAUGUACCUGGGCCUGUUGACCAACUACUCUCUGAUUAUGCAAAGAGAUUUAAUGAAAUCAAGACCCCUCGUAAGCUAUUGUGGAAGAAGAAUCUUGGUACUGUCAAGUUGGAAUUGCAAUUUGAAGAUAGAGAAAUGCAGUUCAUGGUUGCUCCUCUUCAUGCAGCAAUCAUAAUGCAAUUUCAAGAUCAGAAAAGCUGGACCUCCAAAGAUCUUGCAGCUGCAGUUGGGGUUCCAAUAGAUAUACUUAAUCGGAGGAUCAAUUUUUGGAUAAGCAAGGGAAUUCUUACAGAAUCACUUGGGGAAGACACUGAUGACCAUGUGUUUACACUAAUGGAAGGGAUGAUUGACACUGGCAAAAACACUGCUAAUGAUGGGAACUGCGAGGAUCUUAUAGUUGGUGAUGAGGAAGGAGAGAGCUCUGUAGCCUCUGUAGAGGAUCAACUGCGCAAGGAAAUGACUGUGUAUGAGAAAUUUAUUUUGGGGAUGCUCACAAACUUUGGAAGCAUGGCUUUGGAUCGUAUUCAUAAUACUCUCAAGAUGUUCUGCAUAGCUGAUCCUACUUAUGACAAAACCCUCCAACAGCUGCAAAGUUUCUUAUCAGGUCUAGUUUCUGAAGAGAAAUUAGAACUAAGAGAUGGCAUGUACUUUUUGAAGAAGUAAUAAACCUGACAGACUCGAUCAGUAGGUAUCCUCAAGUUAAAAACUGUAGUCGAAUACACCAAAAGAGAUUUACUUUCAAGUUUGGAAAGUGAAUGAGAAGAAUGUAUUCAUUAUUCAUUCACCCAUUGUAUUGUUUCAAGGUCAAGAUGCAGAAGAAAUGCCUAUAGGAGAGAUUGCUAAAUAUUGCAGGUUAGACAUGUGAGUAAUCUGAUGGUGACGCUAAUUCACAAUUCAUAAUUUGUAGUGAGAUGGAGAGGUUUAUGGAAGGUUUGCAUGAACCAAUAGUGGAGAGGAUUCAUUUUUCAAUGUACUUAAUGUAAAAUGAUGAUUUGCUAUUUGGUAGA